CUUAGCAAUGUCCCAGACCGAUAUUGACCGGUUCUCGGACAAAUAAAAACAAUCCAUCCUUUGAAAAAUCCAGAACAAUUCAAGUCGAGUCUCGAAAACACGAAAAAUGUUCACAACGAAAUAUUUUUUCGUGCUUUUAUUCACUUUUGUGACACCAAGACCAGCAGAAUUUGACGCUUUGAUUGGCCCUUUCCGCCAAAUCCGCCUGGCGGCAUUCAAAUUCAUAAACAGCACGGGUCGGGAAAAUUUGCCAAUUUUGCGGGCGAGAAACAAAGUGCAACAAGUGGCUAAAAUCGCCUUCCCGUGCCCGCUUAACAACACCCGGAGCCCGCAACCGCCGGAAAAUGUUAACAAAGUCCGGCCUGGAGACAUCGAUGUGAUUGCCGGGCUUGGGGACAGUAUCACUGCCGGAGUUGGUUUGAUGGCAGUUAAUCUCUUGCAAAUUUUCCUGGAAUAUCGGGGAAUCGCCGCAACUGCUGGGGGUGAAGCCACCUGGCGCAAAUAUUUGACCCUCCCUAAUAUUUUAAAAGUUUUCAAUCCGAAUUUGACCGGUUUUGCGACCGCAACCACAUUAACUUUGAACCCAGAGUCGAGGUUUAACGUCGGCGAGAGUGGGGCUGUUUCAGAGGACACCCCGUAUAUGGCCAAAGUGAUGAUUAAGAGAAUGGUGGAGGACCCGAGCAUUGAUAUUCACAAGCAUUGGAAGAUGGUGACUUUAAUGAUCGGUCCGAACGAUUUCUGCAGCCAGAUUUGCUACAAGAAUAAUCUUACGGCGAUUUUGGAGGAACACCGAAAUGAUUUAUUGCAGGUUUUGCGCAUUUUGAAGUAUAAUCUGCCGCGGACGAUAGUUAACGUGAUACCGCCACCAAAUCUGGAAAUUUUGAUUGGGUUCACUGGGGUCCCACCCAAGUGUGAGCUUAGCCAUUUGUUCGAAUGUCCGUGUCUUUUCGGGCCAACGAGUGGCAACAGACAAGACAUUUACAUAAAAUUGAUGAAACUGUGGCAAAAACUAGACAUGGAAAUCGUCAAUAGUGAAGAAUUUGAUAGUGAUAACUUUACGGUUGUUCUCCAACCCUUUACUCUUGAUUUUUUCCUGCCUAAUACGACCAAAGGAGUGACUGAUUUUUCGUAUUUGGCCGAAGAUUGUUUCCACAUGAGUCAGAAAGGCAACGCUCGAACGAAUGCUUUGUGGAACAAUAUUAUGGAACCGGUUGGGCAAAAGUCCACCCGACCAGUUGAAAUUUUCGAAAAGUUCAAUUGUCCAUCGCAGGAGCGGCCGUACAUUUUCACCCGAAAAAACAGUGUCAGGUAGCGCAUUUUGUAAUAAAGAAAAAUAAACUAA